AUGUCUUUCCGAUAUGGGGGCCCUAGAGGGCGGAGUUACACCUUGGAUCGCGACGAUGUGCCCACGGGAAGGUUCGUCCGCAUCCUGUUUUGUGAGAACGGUCGAGUUCAUUCCGGAUUUGUCAUCUGGCGUUCGGACGUCCAUCGAAGAACGGGGGACGAACAGGAAGGAACGUUUGGUGGUGACUUGCAUACAGAAUCGGAUCGAACCUUGAAUGCGAAUGGAAACUUAUAUUAA